AUAGUUUGACAGUAAAAAUAGAGUUAUAAUGGUGUGAAAGAAACUCAGAGUAAUAGAAUUGAUAAUAGAGAGGAUUUACUAAUAACCUCUGCUUAGGAGACAUUUUAAGUCACACAAAACAGAAUUUAGUUAAGGGAGUGCUGCCUCCAAAAUAACUCCAAGAUAAGCACAAUGCUAACCAGAUUUGUCUGAGAUAAGUGAGGUUUAAGAUUGCUAGGACUGGAGCUGCAGAGAUGACACAGCAGUCAAAGGCCCUGGCUGCUCUUCCCAAGGACCCAGGUUCAAUUCCCACCACCCACACGGCAGCUCACAACUGUCUGUAACUCCAGGUCCAGGGGAUCCGACAUUCUCACACAGACAUACAUGCAGGCAAAACACCAAUGUACAUAAAGUAAGAAUAAAUCGUUGACUAGGAUACGGCUUCUGAAAUUGUUCACAGGGGUUCACCAGCCAUUAGGCUUUAUAACAAAAGGAGAUAACUCUGACUUACAACCAGCCAUUAGUUCCAUCUUUCUAUCAGAGAACAGGCCUCAUAAUGGACAGUUCAAGGGCAGCACAGGAUGACAACCACCCUUAAGUCCUGGUCCUGGCUUGCCAUUAAAGCCCACAGUUCUUUUUUUUUUUUUGAUACUCAAAGAAGAAUUUGUUCAAAUAAUGUUACUGACAUUACCAGGUAAAUUAAUAGCAAUGCCAAGAAAUGCCUGAUACAUCUACUGCAGUGUUUGCACUUUUGGGGGGGCUUGGUUUCUCUGGAAUGGGAUUCCCAGCUCAUCUGAAAUUGGUUCAAAUUCCUGGGUGAUGCAGGGGUAGAUUUCCUUAUGGAAGCUUGCUUUGUCCUUAGCAAGUGUAACAUUUCUUUUUUUGUUGUUUUGAUUUUUAGAGACUCACUAUGUAGCUCUGGCUGUCCUUGAACUCAGAGAUCCACUUGCCUUAGCCUCCUGAGUGAUGGAAUUAAAGCUGUGUGCUAUAAUGCCUAGCUAAGUGUAAAUAAUUCUACAGUACGUUAUAAAGGGGAGAACUGAUGUUGCCAAAAACCUAACUCCUCCUCCAAGAGAGAUUUAAGUAUUUGAAUAAUAACGGAAAGAAUUCAGGGAGCAUUUAGGAACCCUGGAGAAUGGAAUGUUAAUCUAAGAUUCCUGGAGUAGGCUUCAAGGAUUUCUAUCCUGAAGAGAAAAUGAGGGAGUGAAAGGUAAUUCAGAUGCUAGAUUUGCAAAUUUUAUUAUUGGGAAAUUGGGAGAAGUCUGUCUUUGUUUGAAGGAGACCUAGUAGUAUAAACGUGAGCAAUAGUUAGGUUUGGUAUUGAAAUCUGAUUGGGUGGAUAGUGAAGCCAUUCAUAUAAAAUAUUUUCCAAGACAUUUUGUGAGGGUAGAGAAAUAUAACUUGUUAUAUUUUAGAAGAAAAAUCCCAAUGUGAUAUCUUGUUAUCUACCUCCUUCUGUGAUAUGCCCCCUUGCCAACUCUGCUUAUCAUUAGUCAUCUUUAAAAAACUGAUUUAUGACUAUGUGGGUGGUUUUUAAGCAUGUAUGUGGAUAGCCAAGGAGGCCAUCAGGGGGAAUUAGUCACCUGGAGCUGGAGUUACAGGCAGCCAUAGACAUGCAUGCAGGGAAACAAACUCAGGUGAUUUGCAGGGGCCGUACAUGCUAACUGCUGAGCCAUUUCCCCAGCUCCCACAUUAGCCUUCUUUUUGGUACUCAAACAUUACCUGAGCUAUUUCUGCCUUGGUGUUUUUGAAUAGCUUUAGUUUCUGUCUAGGUUACUCUUACCCUGGACUGAUUGGCUUUUUGACAUUUCUUGUCCUUUUUUUUUUUUCUUCAGGCAUCCAAAUACCCAAUCUAAAAGAACCACCCAUUCUCCCAUUGACCUUUCCUGCCCCCAGUUCUGGAAUUUAAGUAACCUAUGUAUAAAGAUUUAGUAGCUUUAGUUCAUUGCUGUACAGUUUCUGUUGCACUGGAGCCAUUUACACCAAGGCCCUGGAAAGUGGAUGAACAGUAUUUUUCUUAUCGGUCUGAGUAUUUGGCCUGCACAAACAGCAAAGAUGGGUCAGGAAAUGAAUGUAGCAAUGCACUUAUUAAUAGUGUGCAGCCAAGAGCAGAUGUCUGUCCUUUGAGAACCAGAUGACUGCAUUGUGCUCCAUCUCGUUUGUGAGCAAAUCAACCUACUCUUCCUUAAGAACUAGGAGGGAAGUUGAUCAUCAAGGCAUGGUAGCAUAUAUUGGCACUUGGGAGGCAGAGACAGGUGGGUCUGAGUUUAAGGCCAGCAUAAUCGAGGUAAACAAGUUCCAGGUCAGCCAGGGCCGCAUAGUGAGACCCUAUCUCAAAUAAAUGAAUAAAUAAAUAAAAUAUUUUUUUAAAAAAGAGGAUUUUGAAGGUGGUUAUGGUGUAUUGUAAACACACAUCCUUUUUCUUAACUUUUUUCUUUUUUACAUUUUCAUUUACUAUACUUGUUUAGAGGUGUGGGGGUGGGCUUACAAAUGCCACAAAUACUCAGAGGUUAGGGGACAACUUGCAGGGCUUUUCUCCUAACAUGCAAAAGGGACUGCAGAAAAGGAGUUGAAAUCUAAACAAAAAACAACCACGAGAAAAACACUUCAGGACCCAUUUUUAUUUGUGCUCCAUUUAGUUUCCGGAUAUUUUUAAAAAAGUUUCAUGUCCCCCAGGGUAUCUUUGAAUUAGCUAGUAACCAAGGAUAUUUUCUAAAAGUCCUAAUCCUGCUGCCUGGACUUGCCCUGCGCGAGAUGACAGGAAUGCAUCACCAAGCCAGUUAAGGAGGCGCUGAAGCUAACCCAAAGCUCAGCGCCUGCUAGGCAAGCAUUAUACCAACUCGGCUUCACCUCCAGCCCGUUUCAGUCUUGUCUUUUCCAGUCAGCUUAUCACCCAUUACCUUUAUCUUACCCUAAAUUAGCCAUAACCUUAAUUUCUUAUCCCUUCUUACAAACCAGCCAUCCUCAGCGUUAUCUGGGAAGAAAUUUUAUAAAAAUGCGAACUACAACUAGGCAGGGGCCUGCGAGCUUGGCAGUUUCUGACAUCCUAACCUCGACCUGCAUCAUAGUUUUCUUACCGAAGGGACCAUCGAUUGGGGGUAGGUAUUCAAUCACGUCAGCGUGUGAAAAGGUCUCGCGUGAAAAGUUCUUGCACACCGCUGAACAAUCCGGAACCAUCAUUAAAUAACAAGGGAGACUCUGGCCUCCUGCGCUCCGCGGAGUCUCCCCGAUCACGGGAGAAGUUCGAGGCUGGAGCCUGCAACAUCCACUCUCCCUAAGAUUCUGGUCCAGGUUAAAGGCUUAACUCGACCCGACGGCUGAGAGGCGGACCGCAAACACAAACUCUCCUAAAUCUCGUGAGCCGCGGUCCAAAGUGGGCGGGGAGCCGGAAGUCUCGCGAGAUGACGGGGUUUUCCCGCGAAGAAGAAGCGCGCGUUUUUCUCGCGCCGGGGGUAGAGCGAGCUCGCCGGGAGCGCUCUGCUGUGAGGGCUUAGUGCGCUGCGUCUGAGGCGCUCGGAGGAGGCGAGUGGGUCGCGGCGGGUGUCCAGCCAUGCCUGCGGAGCAGCCCGCGAGCAGCAGCGGGCCCUUAGCCCCAGAAAUGGCUGAGCAAACGGAACCUGCCGUGAUUACUCCAGCCAUGCUGGAGGAGGAAGAACAGCUCGAGGCUGCGGGACUUGAAAGGGAGCGGAAGAUGUUAGAGGAGGCUCGAAUGUCUUGGGAUAGAGAGUCCACUGAAAUUCGGUACCGCAGACUUCAGCAUUUGCUUGAAAAAAGCAAUAUCUACUCAAAAUUUUUGUUGACUAAAAUGGAACAACAGCAGUUGGAGGAACAGAAGAAGAAAGAGAAAUUGGAGAAAAAAAAGCGAUCAUUAAAAGUUGUAGAGGGUAAAAAUUCAGUUGAUGCAAAUGAAGAGAAUCCAGUCGUGAAAAAGAAAAGAGGAAGAGAAGAAGAAUCGUACAACAUUGCAGAGGUCAUAUCAAAAGAGGAAAUUUUGUCAGUGGCUAAGAAACAUAAGAACAAUGAGGAUGAAAGCUCUUCCACUACUAAUCUCUGUGUAGAAGAUCUUCAGAAAAAUAAGGAUUCGAAUAGUAUGAUUAAAGAUAGAUUGUCUCAAACCGUUAGGCAGAAUUCUAAAUCCUUUUUUGACCCAGUUCGGAAAUGUAACGGACAACCUGUACCUUUUCAACAACCAAAACACUUCACAGGAGGAGUGAUGAGGUGGUACCAAGUAGAAGGCAUGGAAUGGCUUAGGAUGCUUUGGGAAAAUGGAAUUAAUGGCAUUUUAGCAGAUGAAAUGGGUUUGGGAAAGACUGUUCAGUGCAUUGCUACAAUUGCAUUAAUGAUUCAGAGGGGAGUACCUGGACCUUUUCUUGUUUGUGGCCCUUUGUCUACACUUCCAAAUUGGAUGGCUGAAUUCAAAAGAUUUACCCCAGAGAUUCCUACUAUGUUGUAUCAUGGAACCCGGGAGGAACGUCGGAAAUUGGUAAAGAAUAUCCACAAAAGACAAGGGACCCUGCAGAUUCAUCCUGUGGUAAUCACAUCAUUUGAAAUAGCCAUGCGAGACCAGAAUGCUUUACAGCAUUGCUAUUGGAAAUACUUAAUAGUAGAUGAAGGACACAGGAUUAAGAAUAUGAAGUGCCGGCUAAUCAGGGAAUUAAAACGGUUCAAUGCUGAUAACAAACUUCUUUUGACUGGUACUCCCUUGCAAAACAAUUUAUCAGAACUUUGGUCAUUGCUAAACUUUUUGUUGCCAGAUGUAUUUGAUGACUUGAAAAGCUUUGAGUCUUGGUUUGACAUCACUAGUCUUUCUGAAACUGCUGAAGAUAUUAUAGCUAAAGAGAGAGAACAGAAUGUUUUACAUAUGCUUCACCAGAUUUUAACUCCUUUUCUACUGAGAAGACUGAAGUCUGAUGUUGCUCUUGAAGUCCCUCCUAAGCGAGAAGUAGUUGUUUAUGCACCACUUUCCAACAAACAAGAGAUCUUCUAUACAGCUAUUGUGAACCGCACAAUUGCAAACAUGUUUGGUUCUUGUGAGAAGGAAACAAUUGAGCUAAGUCCUACUGGAAGACCAAAACGGCGAAGUAGAAAAUCAAUAAAUUACAGGGAACAAGAUGAAUUCCCUAAUGAAUUAGAAAGACUACUAAGUCAAAUACAGCCAGAUAUAAACAGAGAAAGGACUAUUGUGGAUGUUAAUAUCCCUAAAGAAUCUGAAGUUAAUUUGAAACUACAGAACAUAAUGAUGCUACUUCGUAAAUGCUGCAAUCAUCCAUAUCUGAUUGAAUACCCUAUUGACCCUGUCACACAAGAGUUUAAGAUUGAUGAAGAAUUGGUAACAAAUUCUGGGAAGUUCUUAGUUUUGGAUCGAAUGCUACCAGAACUGAAAAAAAGAGGUCACAAGGUGCUGGUUUUUUCACAAAUGACAAGCAUGCUGGACAUCUUGAUGGAUUAUUGUCAUCUUAGAAACUUCACAUUUAGCAGACUUGAUGGGUCCAUGUCUUAUUCAGGAAGAGAAAAAAAUAUAUACAGUUUCAACACGGAUCCAGAUGUUUUUCUUUUCUUAGUGAGUACACGAGCUGGUGGCUUAGGCAUUAAUUUGACUGCAGCGGAUACGGUUAUCAUUUAUGACAGUGAUUGGAAUCCCCAGUCUGAUCUCCAGGCCCAAGAUAGAUGUCAUAGAAUUGGUCAGACAAAGCCAGUUGUUGUAUAUCGCCUUGUAACAGCUAAUACUAUUGAUCAGAAAAUUGUGGAAAGAGCAGCUGCUAAAAGAAAACUGGAGAAGCUUAUCAUCCAUAAAAAUCAUUUCAAAGGUGGUCAGUCUGGAUUAAGUCAAUCUAAGAAUUUCUUAGAUCCUAAGGAAUUAAUGGAGUUAUUAAAAUCUAGAGAUUAUGAAAGGGAAGUAAAAGGAUCAAGAGAGAAGAUCAUUAGUGAUGAAGACCUAGAGUUGUUAUUAGAUCGAAGUGAUCUCAUUGAUCAAAUGAAGGCCUCAAGACCAAUUAAAGAGAAAACAGGGAUAUUCAAGAUACUAGAAAAUUCCGAAGAUUCCAGUGCUGAAUGUUUGUUUUAAAGCAGAGUGAAAUGGCUUAUAAAAACUUUUGUUUACAUCCAUUCUGGUAACUUGCCUACUCCCUUUGAAAUCUGGAUUGUUCACUUUACUUUUUGGAUUAUAUCAGUUUAUAUAAUGUAACUAGUAUUGUUAUAUACUUGGAAUGAUAAUUUUCUGAGAUUUAUUAAGUACAAAAUUCCUAUUAAAUUUAGUUUUAUCAGUUAGCUUUUGGGACUAGGUUGUACUUUUGAGUAUUGUCUUUGAAUAUUGUCUAAUAAUGUACUUAACCAUUGGCAAGUUUAUACAGUCUUCCUGUGGAAGCUUAGUGUUUCCCCUCAACCCCUUUAGUGAUAUAAUUCAUGGGAUUUGGACUUCAGUUAUGGAGCAAGGUUUUGAUGGGGGAGAUUGAUUGAAAUUAGACUUUUUUUUUUUACUAAAAAUUUUUUUUAAUUUAUUUUACAUGCCAACCACAGUUUCCCAGAAAUUGUACUUUAUAUUGCUGAAGAAAAUUGUUUGAGUUUUGAGUCAGUAAGAUGACUUACCAAAUAAAUGUUUAUUAUAAUAUGA